AUGUUCGGCUUUGGUCGUAAUCAGUUCGUCGUUCAGGGCAGGACCGUCGUUAUCACGGGCGGUUCGGAGGGGAUGGGCAAGGCCGUGGCUUGCCAGCUUGCAGAGAAGGGUGCAAAUGUUGUGCUUGUCGCACGCACGGAGUCGAAGCUCCAGGAUGCCCUCGAGGCUGUCAAGGGUACGGCGGCUGAAGCCGACCGGCAGAGAUUCCACUACAUCUGUGCGGAUCUGACCAAUGCUGCGGAGUGUGACCGUGUCAUGGCCGAAGUCACCGAAUGGAACCACGGACAAUCUCCCGAUAUCGUAUGGUGCUGCGCAGGAUACUGCAGCCCCGGCUUCUUUGCCGAGACCCCCGUCCAGACAUUGAGGGACCAAAUGGAUACGGUGUACUGGACAGCUGCCAACACUGCUCAUGCCAUCCUGAGACGGUGGCUAGUACCUAUUAGCCCCAGCCAGCAGAUGCCACUACCUCCCAGACACCUUAUCUUCACAUGCUCUACCCUCGCAUUUGUGCCCAUUGCUGGUUAUGCUCCUUACUCGCCAGCCAAAGCCGCGAUCCGCUCAUUGUCUGAUACUCUCAGCCAAGAAAUUGAGAUGUACAACGCCACGGACGUGAAGAUCCAUACAGUCUUCCCCAUGGGCAUUCUCAGCCCUGGAUUCGACAACGAACAGAAGCUCAAGCCGGAGCUUACUAAGAAGCUGGAGGCUGCUGACAAGCCACAGACUCCGAGGGAGGUUGCAAACAUUGCGAUCAAGGCCCUGGAGAGGGGCGAGUACAUGAUCACCACGAUGUUCGUUGGCGAUGUGAUGAAGGGAUCAGCGCUCGGAGGCAGCCAACGGAAUUCAUUCAUUAAGGAUACUUUCACUGGCUGGCUCAGCAACUUGUUGUUCCUGCAUGUCAGCCCCGAUCUCAGGAGGCAGGCCUGGAGCUGGGGUGAGAAGCACGGCGUCCCAUCUCGCCCGAGAGAGUAA